CAAGAGACGUAAUAUACACGUAUCAUGUUAUAUAUUUUAUCAUAUAUGUUAUUGUCUAUGUAAAACGGUAGCCUAUAACAAUAUAUGAGAUGCAUCAUCUCUCCUUAAGAGGCAAAUGUUACUACAGAUGUUUCAGUGGAUGUCUAGCCCUGAGCCCUAAGCCCUGCCCUGGGACCAGCUGCUCUGAGACGGUGAAAAUCUUUACCCCGAGGUGAUUCCGCGUUCACCACCGACCAAAACACCUUCCUGCCUCGACUGACUCACUGCCAAGAACUUUUACAUCCUGCUCAAGCAGCGUGAGUAAAUCUUUAAAGGGGUUUUGUUAGCGGCGCCAAAUGGGAGAAAUGAUGGAGCGAAAGAACCUUUCUGAAGUUAUUACUCGGAUAUUUCAAGAGGCGCCAGCUGCCAGGAGGGCUCUCCUUGAUAACCACAGCAACCUCCUUCGAGUCGCAGAUUACUGCGAAAGCAAUUUCCUUCAGGCAGAGGAUUCAACCAAGGCUGUUGAAGAGGCCAAGGCUUUGGCUGCCCAGUCGCUGGCCAGUGUGUCCUACCAGAUCAACAGUCUGGCCACCGCCCUGCUGAGGCUGCUGGACUCGCAGGCCAUGCAGAUCAAAGAUAUGGAGUCCUCAGUCAACCUGCUGUCACUGGCUGCAGCUAUCCACUUCGAUAAGUUAGCCAGGAGAGAGAUUGGUGCUUUUACUACUCCCAAAAGCAGGAGUCGUUCCAAGCUUAUGACCCCACCGACUUCGGGCAAGGAGCCAGAGGAAAGCUACUCAAGAGUGCCAAUAUCAUACUCCAUCUUGGACUCCAUUGGACACUUUUUUCAGGUCGCUGAGCAGCAGCCCAGAGAGAGAGCAGGGACCACAAACAGCAUACAAAGCAAUACAACCACCACUGUAUCCAGUCUUGGCAUCGCUGUGCCUCCGCCAUCAGUCCCCACCUUGCAAACCGCCUCCAACCCCACCAACGACAGCCUGCCUCCCCCUCCUCCUCCUGCUGCCAAUUCAGACCCCAAUAUGCCUGCUCCUCCUCCACCAUCACCAUCACCUACCCCUUCCUCCAUGGACACUGGCCUCCCCCCUCCGCCCUUCUUGACCUCACCCACGUGUCUCCCCCCACCUCCCCCUCCACCGCCAAUCUCUCCGUCAACUGGCAUGUACCCGCCUCCACCUCCUUCUGUAGCAGGAGGUGCCCCUUUUCCUCCUCCACCUCCUCCAGUAUCAGGGGCUGGUUCUCCUCCACCACCACCACCACCAGUAUCAGGAGCUGCGCCCCCUCCUCCACCACCACCACCAGUAUCAGGAACUGCGCCCCCUCCUCCUCCUCCUCCACCACCACCAGUAUCAAGAGCUGUGCCACCUCCUCCACCACCACCAGUAUCAGGAGCUGUACCCCCUCCUCCUCCACCACCACCAGUAUCAAGAGCUGUGCCACCUCCUCCACCACCACCAGUAUCAGGAGCUGCCCCUCCUCCUCCACCACCACCAGUAUCAAGAGCUGUGCCACCUCCUCCACCACCACCAGUAUCAGGAGCUGUACCCCCUCCUCCACCACCGCCACCACCACCACCAGUAUCAAGAGCUGUGCCCCCUCCUCCUCCACCACCCCCUCACACUGGCACCUCUGGUAUUGUGCCACCACCCCCUCCACCUCCCCCUCUCCUACACUAACGAACAUUAUAUUUCAUGUUAUUGGAUGAUUUUAUUCUUGCUGGAGUAACUCAGAUUUCUUGUAUAACUAAUGCCUUUGCCAUUAGGUUGAUGUGUAAAACAUGUGCAGCAUGGCAAAUAUUUUCAAGCCUGUAGUGAGAUCGACGUUAAGCGUAAAUAAAAGCUUGAAAUAGUG